AUGCAGAAAACCCAAGUGAAAAUCUUGAUGCUCUUUUCACUUUGCUAUGGCAUACUUGGAAAGCCAAUGCCACCAAUGAAAACUGAAGGAAACAUGACUCCUGAAGAUCACAAGUUUGCGGAGGCUUACCUAAAAAAUUUCUACACAUUAAAAAACAAAUCAAGAAAUACAUUUGCAGAAAGGAUGAGAGAAAUGCAAAAAUUCUUUGGAAUGCGUGUAACAGGGAGGUUGGACACCAAAACAAUGAAGAUGAUGAAAACUCCCAGAUGUGGCAUGCCUGACUUGGCAGAAAUUACUGGUAUCCCUGGAAGACCAACGUGGAGACUAAAUUCCCUGACCUACAGAUUCCUGAAUCACACUCCUGACCUGCCUAUGAAUGUGGUUGAUGACUCAAUAAAGCGAGCUUUCGAUGUCUGGGGCCAAGUCACUCCACUCACAUUCACUAAAGUUCCAAAUGACCAAGCUGAUAUAAUUAUUCAAUUCGCAAGGUUGGCUCACAAUGAUCAGUCACCUUUUGAUGGUCCUAAUGGGGUGCUGGCACAUGCCUACUUUCCGGGCUUAGGAAUUGGUGGUGAUGCUCAUUUUGAUGAGGAUGAAACAUGGUCAAACAACAGAGCAGACACUGGGUCACAGAGGGGCUGA